GACCUUAUGAAAUCAGAAGAAGAGGUUAUGACUCCUGCCUCCGCCGCCUCCUCCUCCUACUCCUUCUCCUUACCGACCAGCCAUGACGCAGACGACGACGAACUCUGUGUGCGUCUUCUGUGGGUCCUCGCCAGGUCUGAAGCCGGCGUACAUGGACGUGGCGACGGACCUUGGGAGGGCAAUCGCACAAGCAGACUGGACGCUGGUGUACGGUGGAGGUGCCAAGGGAUGCAUGGGUGCCGUUUCGGCUGGGGCGUCCGCCUCGGGAGGCCACGUCGUCGGUGUCAUCCCUCGGGUCAUGGCGAGCAAGCCUAUGCCAAAGGGUCAUCCUGCGGCUGCUGCAGCUCCUGCAGCAGCGUCUACCGAAGGCCAGGGCCCCGUGGUCGCCAACCCGGACCCCGGGGCGGGCCGCGUCGAGACCAUCAUCGUCCAAGACAUGCACGAGCGCAAGGCGCUAAUGGCCAAACGCAGCGGCCUUGGCUUUGUUGGUCUCCCCGGCGGCUUCGGCACUUUCGAAGAAGUCAUGGAGAUGGUGACAUGGACCCAGCUGGGGAUCCACCGCAAGCCCGUCGUACUCAUCAAUGUUGCCGGAUUCUGGUCCCCCGUCCGAGCGCUGAUUGGAAACGCCGUUAGCGAUGGAUUCAUCCCGGGCGUCAACUCCAACCUUGUUUCUUUUGUGGAGGAAGCAGACGCUCAAAGAGCAGGAGGGUGGGGCAAGGCCACUUUGGAAGAGGUGCAGCGCUCCAACGAGCGUCUCAAGAAUCGGGCCGAUGCGGGCUACUGGGACUGGAACGAGAGCAAGGAGGCUUCAGGUCAGAAACCGCAAGCUCUGGCAGAUACGAGCGUAGAGCAGAGAUCUGUCGACGUCCGCAGCCUGACAUACGCUUUCAACAAGGAAGACCAGAACAACCCCCCAGCCCUCGAGGAUUGCAACUUGGCCCUCACUCGAGGCUCACGCUGUCUCCUGAUUGGGGCAAACGGAGCGGGCAAGUCGACACUGCUGCGCCUGCUCGCCGGCAAGCGGCUUCCUUCGCAAGGCUCCCACAUCCUCGUCUUUGGCAAGGAUGUCUUCCACGAUGCGCCCCGCGGUAUCACCUACCUCGGUACAGAAUGGGCCAUGAACCCCGUCGUACGAAGCGACAUUCUCGUUUCGACCUUCCUCGACAGCGUCGGAGGUUACCGCCACAAGGAGCGCAGAGACAAGCUGCUGGACAUUCUCGAUGUCGACACGCAGUGGCGAAUGCACGCCAUUAGCGAUGGCGAGAGGAGAAGGGUACAGCUGACGAUGGGCCUCAUGGAGCCAUGGGACCUGCUUCUGCUCGACGAAGUCACCGUCGAUCUCGAUGUCCAGGUCCGUGCCGACCUCCUCAGCUUCCUCACAGAAGAGACGAAGACUCGUGGCGCGACCAUCAUCUACGCAACACACAUCUUCGACGGCCUUCAGACUUUCCCUACGCACGUCGUUCACAUGCGUCACGGCACCACGACAACUGGAGAACCUAUCUCAUGGCCACCAAGCCGGAGCGACCCGCAAGCUGCUUCCCUGCCCCCCCAGGCAUUCGACCAAGCGAGCGGCAAAGAUGACUCCGACGACGCUUCGCAGCUUCUCUCGACAGCUCUGGCCUGGUUGAGGGAGGACAAGGUCGUCCGUCUGGAGAGGGAGCGGACGAGCGGGAAAGGUCCCACGCGAGGUGCAAAGGCUGCGCAACAGGAUCAAGAGACGGACUCAGAACGGUUCUAUAGCAAGUAUGACUACUCACAAAACACCACACGAUGAUGGCAACGUAGAGAGCCGUUGUCACCAUAUUAGAUAGACCUAGAAGAUCAACUCUUCACAGACUAGUCAAAAGGUUUGCUUGUCCCUGUCAGAUACUCUCCAUUCAACAUCGAGGUCAGCAUCGCUUUGGAGCUUCCCCCGUUUGCAAUAGUAGUAGACGUCAACCCCAAGCGAAUAGACGGAG